AUGGCUUCAGCACCCACAUCGACUUCAACAACGGCCACCAGAACAACCGCACCUUCAAAGCUCGUCAAACCAACAAAUGCUCAUACCCAAGCUCUGGCAAACCUGCGAGAAUUCCUUGCUGAAAAAACGUGCUAUGAUAUUCUACCUGAAAGCUACAGACUAAUCGUCUUCGACAAUUCGUUAGGAAUUAAACGUGCAUUGACUGCUUUGAUGACGAAUGGCGUCGUCUCAGCUCCGUUGUACGAUUCUUCAUCGUUCAAGUUUUGUGGAAUGUUUACUUUGACCGAUGUCAUUCAUUUGAUCCAAUACUUUUACUUGAAAGCCUCUCCAGCACCGUUUAAUAGUGCCCAUUCGUCGGCAUCAUCAGCAACAUCGUCACCAUCUCUGAGGAUUCAACACCAGAUCAAUGACCAACCAAAUAUCCCCUCGUCAACACCAUUAUCCUCCUCCGCAAACAAGCCCGCCGAAUUAACCCAAUCAGCAACUAGCAGUCCAGCAGAAGAUCCAUAUGCGCUGGCGGCUGCUGAAGUGGAGUCUUUCCCAUUGUCCCGCCUGAGAGAUAUCGAACAAGCUAUCGAGGCUCCACCACCACCCACAGUUCAUGUCCACCCAGAUGCACCGCUGAUCGAGGCUUGUGAGCAGCUUAUUCGAACUCACGCCCGGCGUCUACCACUCAUUGACGUAGAUUCAGUCACCGGAAAGGAUUCAAUAUUAUGCGUGCUAACUCAAUACAGAGUCUUGAAAUUUAUUGCUAUCAAUGCACAAUCUGACGUUAUUCGACUGACUCAGUCGAUAGGAUCCCUGGGGAUAGGCUCUUAUGUUUCCUCCUACCAAUCAGAACCCAUGAAUCACUUGAGUGACGAUGAACAUCAUCACGACCCUUUCCAUCCGCUCGCGACAGCCACCCUGGAAACCACCGUGUUCGAUGUCGUGCAUAUGUUUUCUGAGCGUGGGAUAAGUGCCGUCCCCAUCGUUGAUUCUGAUGGGAGCGUGAUCGACAUGUACGAAGCAGUGGAUAUUGUUGAUCUUGUUCGUUCGGAUGCGUACCGGUUACUUGAUUUAACGAUUGCAGAGGCUAUAGCUCGUCGCUCCCCGGAAUUUUGCGGCGUUACAGUCUGUUCCGCAGAAGAUUCACUGGCGAAUAUACUCAAGUACAUUGGAGAAAGACGGGUACAUCGAUUUGUUAUAGUGGCAGACGAGACGGUGAUCGAGACUGAAGUGACGGAAGCUGAACACGAGAGGGAUGAAGAUGCGACUCCCCUAGCAGAAGCCAGUCCCCCCAAAUUCGAAACCGACCAACCCAACGCCAGGUCUAGAAUCACUCGAAGGAAGAAAGUUAAAGAUCGACUGGUCGGGAUGAUCUCGUUAUCCGACAUCAUGAAACAUAUCGUUGGUACCAAACAGAAAUCCUUGCAAGGCAAAAGCAUCGUUGGUCUAGGUGUCAACGAGGGUAAAUCGACUACUGGAUCGGCCGAGAUUCUUUCUGGCAAACCUGAGUUAAUUGAAGAAGUUGAAGAGGAAGAUCAGUCGGUUGUCAUCGACAAUGAAGAGGGCUUCGAUGACGAGGAUGGCCCUACUUAA